AUGAAUAGUGCCACGGACUCAAUUACUCAUAAAAAGCCUAUAAAAAUUAAAACGGAUAUUUCAAAUAACAGGCGAAAAGCUUUAAAGGAGUUUUACAAGUUGAAGGAUGCCAAACACAAAGAUACAGAAGCACAACCGUCCGAUCAAACUGCAACGCACAACACAUCCGAGGAAGUGAAUAACGAAACAUUGUCACCGGAUACAACCACUGAAAAUGAGCAAGUACCUGCAUUAGACGAAAACCUUACGGAAGAAACCUUUGAUACUUUUUUAAAAACUGCCGACAUUGGACAGUUAGUAAAUCAGUAUAAUGUGAUAUCCGAGGAUCUCAACAAUACUAAAGCUGAAGUCAAGAGUAUAAUAUAUAACAACUACUAUGAACUGAUAAAAAUCAAUGACGUUCUGGAGAAUGUUCGCAAAUUGGAAACUGUUACGACAGACACUGACUCCUUAGACUCAAAGCAAGAAAGCACACUUAUCAUAGACUCUUUGAACUCUAUCAGAAGCAACAUCCAAUUACUAAAGGACCGUUACAAAGGAUUCUCAAUCACGAUAGACGAGAACGAGAAGAAGAAAUCUGAGACAGCACAUGACAACCUUACGCGGCUGAUCUCUGGAGAUAAAUUGACUGAUGAUGAUAUUCACAAAAUUGACGAGGUCCUUCCCAAAAUCAACAAAGAGGCUCUUUUAUUACAGCUCAACGAAAUCAAAGACAAAGCGGGAGCGCCAGAAACUUAA